GCCUUCAAGGUCCCUCUUGUUAUACAGCUCACUGAUGACGAAAAGUUCAUGUGGAAAAAUCUUUCAGUGGAGGAGAGCCAGAGACUUGCCCGUGAGAAUGCCAAAGACAUUAUCUCUUGUGAUUUUGAUAUAUCAAAAACAUUUAUCUUCUCAGAUUUUGAUUAUGUUGGAGGGUAAGAAAUUAUAUGGUAUGCAAAAUACCUAAGUCUAAGCUUACUGCAGAUAUUCUGCUUUGUAAGCACAUCUUGAAACUUGUAGUGGCUAUCUGAUUUUGCAAUAUUAGAAUCUUAUUGCUGGAUGCAACUUGAUUUAAAUUGAUUAUUUGGAACAAGAUUGAUAACUGAUGCUACAAUAUAAGUUUGAAGCUCUACAUGUAGUGCUUAAGAAUUUUGAGAUGCUACACUCUAGAGGAAUUCUUUUUUCUGUUAUGGAUACAGGUUAUGCCUAUAAUGAUGUUGCCUUUUCCAGGGAAAAUUUCUUUCUCUGAAUUUAUGUUUUUCCUUUUGAAGCAAUUAGAUGCAUAAAUUUUAUUUAGAUAAAGAUUUAAGUGUAAAAGAUGGCUCUGGUGUUCUGAACAAUUGUAGGGAUUAUAUUCAAGUGAAAGGAGUGAAUUAUGUUCUGUUGAUCAAUUGUUGCUAACAUUCAAUUGUCACAUGCUUUAAAAGUUUCAGCAGCAACCAGCUUGGCUCGGACCUUUUAGACAGAUUAGGUUUUUCAUACAUGCAUGGGAUAUUUUGUCUGUUCUGCUUUAUUGGGCUUGUGCUUACUUUGAGGUUAUAUUAAUAACAGGUUUUAUUGAUGUGUGGUUUCUGUCUGGUGCAUUUUAUCUUGUGCAUUUUCAGUGCCUUCUACAAGAACAUGGUGAAGGUUGCAAGGUGUGUCACAUAUAAUAAGGUUUUGGGUAUAUUUGGAUUUACUGGUGAAGAUCAUAUUGGAAAAGUUAGCUUUCCACGUGUACAGGUAUAGCUUGCCUCAUUAUUUAUUGAUCAGUGGUGAAAUAUUUUUGUUACAGUGAUGCUUCCUUUCCUUCUUGUACUAUUAUAUUCCUACAUGGUUUUUUUGUCAUUUUCUAAGAGUUCAUAAUUUAUGCAUCUUUACUUCAAAAUGCAAGUGUUGUUCUUAUACAACUGAGGAAACAUGAUGUGCUAAGAGGAAACACCACAGUCAAAGCAUAAAGUGAAAUAAGAAGAACAAUUAAAAGCAGAUUUGAAGUUAUGGAAUUAAUCCUAGUGAAUAAUUCUGAAAAUAUGGUGACUUUAUAUAUUCCCUCUUUUCCAUUUUAGAUUUUACUUAU